AUGGUCUAUUAUGUUCGGUUUUUGAAAACUCCUCGGCUUCAACCGCAGAAGAAAGCGGUCUUCAUAUCCGCUCUCAUCUGCAUCACCACCGAUCUUGGUGACGACUUCCUCGCCGAAGAUGUGGACCUGAUCGCAACAUGGGCGCAGUUUCCCUCAUAUACAGCUUUGUACAAAGAGUCUUUGAAAUGGGAGGCUGGUACACGCCAGCUUCCGGUCCUAUUGGGGCCAUUCUCAUCCAAUGAUGUGGCCCAGAAGACAUCGAUUUUGAACAUUCAAUUACAAGCUAGUCAAAAAGAUACACUGGGAGUCAGCUCCACGCCAUUGGUGAUUUCUGGAUGCAGCGCACCGUUUGGACCACAGUCAGAGCCAGCAGAAAAAUUGAUACUGCGAGAUCUUUAUGUUGCAGAUCUCAAGCAGCCGCUGAAGAUCUGGGAGGAGACCGGCAAUAGCAUUGCGCGACACAUCUGGGAUGCAGCACUUGCAUCAAUCAUAAUUCUCAAUCAAACGGUCCAAGGUACAUCCAAGGACAUGCCCGCCCUCAGUCAGCUUCUGCAGACCCCACGUGGUUCGCCGCUCCAAGCCGUUGAAUUAGGGGCUGGAUGUGGCAUCGUCGGCAUUGCGCUGGCAACCAUGCUUGACCACUGUGACGUACUCCUCACCGACCUCCCCGAGGUCGAGGAGAUCGUGACACUCAAUAUUAAGGAAGCCCGGCCGCAACCAUCAUCGCUCGUUCACUAUCAGACUCUCGACUGGGACGAGCCACCGCCCAAUCUCUGCAGUCGGCCUAUUGAUCUAAUCCUGGUCUCAGACUGCACCUACAACGCGGAUAGCCUGCCAACGCUGGUCUCAGUGCUGGACCGAUUGGUUCGGACUUCCCCGGAGGCCCUGGUUCUGGUGGCUCUGAAGCGACGACAUGAAAGCGAGGCGGUAUUUUUCGACUUAAUGCGGGCCGCGGCAUUUGCACCCCUGCACACCAAAGUCCAAUUGCCUACUCAGCACGGCGAAGUCGAUCAGAUUGAGUUAUAUUGUUACCGUCGCUCGGGGUGA